AUGGUCCCCAAUGAAGACCUUCAGUUUCAGGGAAUUAUCCAGUUACUUCUGCAUUUCAGAUGGAAAUGGGUUGGGCUCAUCACUCCAGCUAAUGAAGCUGGGGAACGUUUCUUACAGACAAUUGAGCCAAUGCUUUUCAAGAAUGGAAUCUGUUCAGCAUUCACAGAAAGAGUUAAACCCAAUAUACAUUAUAACAGUAACUUACUAAAAAUGGUGGACAUAAAGGUUUUCUCACCAAGUUUCACAACAAGCAAAGCUAAUGUAAUUCUUCUACAUGGAGGAAGUAGAUUUAGUAUAUGGUUGUCAAGUGCUUUGAUCAUAAUGGAGUUAACUCAGCUACUAUUUCCUCAAAAGAAGUCACAUGAAGGAAAACUCCACUCAUUCCUGCAGAGAAUCUCAUUCAACAACAGUGCUGGGGAUGAAAUUACAUUAAAUGAAUAUGGAGAGUUAGCAGCUGGCUUUGAUAUUACCAACUUGGUCACUUUCCCAAAUAAUUCCUAUGUCAGAGUCAAAGUGGGCAGGUUGGAUCCUCAGGCCCCUCCAGGGAAAGAGCUCACCAUUAAUGAAGACAGAAUCAAAUGGAACAGACGCUUCACUAAGGUGCCACCGCUUUCUGUAUGUAAUGUCAACUGCCAUCCUGGUUACGGGAAGAAAAAGAAGGAGGGGGAGAAGUUUUGCUGCUAUGAUUGUGAUCCAUGUCCAGAAGGAAUGAUUUCAAAUGAGAAAGACAUGGAAACAUGUGUCAGUUGCCCAGCAGAUCAGUAUCCAAACAGCGGCCAGGAUCUAUGCAUUCCUAAGAUUCCAAACUUCCUAGCCUUUGAUGAAAACUUGGCCAUUGUUUCAACUUCCUCUGUGCUUCUAUUCUCUCUGAUCACGAUUCUAGUGCUAGGCAUCUUCAUUAAGCAUCGCAAUACAGCCAUAGUCAAAGCCAACAACCGAAGCCUCACCUAUGGUCUCCUUAUCUCCCUCCUCUUGUGUUUCCUCUCUUCUUUGUUGUUUAUCGGAAAACCUAAUAUGGUGACUUGCCUUCUCCGACAAACUGCUUUUGGCAUUGUCUUCUCUGUGGCCCUCUCCAGCAUCUUAGCCAAAACCAUAUUGGUGGUUUUGGCAUUCAUGGCUACCAAACCAGGAUCCAGUAUGAGGAAAUGGGUAGGCAAAGAACUGGCUUAUUCCAUUGUCUUUUCCUGCUCCAUUGUUCAAGUAGGAAUCUGUGUCCUCUGGCUGGCAAACUCUCCCCCAUUCCCAGAUGUGGACAUGCACUCAAUGACGGAAGAAAUCAUAUUUCUAUGUAAUGAAGGGUCAGUCUCCAUGUUCUAUUGUGUUUUGGGCUACAUGGGCUUCCUGGCCAUUAUCAGCUUCACUGUGGCCUUCCUAGCCAGGAAGUUGCCUGACACUUUCAACGAAGCCAAGUUCAUCACCUUCAGCAUGCUGGUCUUCUGCAGUGUUUGGCUCUCCUUCAUUCCAACCUACCUGAGCACCAGUGGAAAAUACAUGGUGGCUGUGGAGAUCUUCUCCAUCUUUGCUUCUGGUGCUGGGUUACUGGUUUGCAUUUUCACCCCUAAAUGCUACAUUAUUGUGGUGAGGCCUGACCUGAACAACAAAGAGCAGCUAACACAAAGAAAGGUAUAA